AAAUUCUUAUCAAAAAAUAAAAAAUCAAAAAAUGAUUGUGUUAAAUUUAUGUUCACAUCCGAUAAAAUUAAAUCCCACACGCAUACACGCAGAUGCUCUUAUUGUUAUGCAUGUGAAUUUAUUUGUUUGAAAAUCUAGAUAUACAUGCACAAUAAUGUACACCAUUUUUAUUACGUUGAAUCUUUUGAUGUUUAUUUGCACUCUUUUUAUUUGAGUUCGGUAAAUAUGGCGAGUUUUACCCAUUACCAUAUUUAAGGGGCUUGAGACAGAUUGUCUCUGUUGUCUAUUUAUCUUCACAAUUUUUUUUUCUCUCUCUCUCAAUUACUUUAUCUCUGGCGGCCACGUAGAAUAAUGAAAACUUGUGUUUGCACAUUUUUUGACUUGUAUUUCUGAUAGCAGAUGCAGUUAUGCCUGGGACAUAACAAUGCCUUGUGGGUUGAAAAAAACAUUACUUCUUGUUUUCUGAUUUCUAUUGCCUCUGUUUAUAUAAUGGACAUGCUUGCAGCACCAUUAGAGGAUGAUAUGCUUAUAAUUUGAUGUUAUUAUCCUGUAAUAGAAUCUGGACUCUGUUAUUGUUGAAACCAGAGUUAUUCCCCAUUGUGGAUCCAUUUCAUCCUGAACUGAUCAGCAUAUCUACGGAAGGACGAGUAGUAACCUAGUACAAUUCAAAGAAAUGGCACGAUGCUGUUGCAUAACAAUUAGGAGAAUCCAGAAUAAAAGAGAGAGAUGGGAAAGAGAUUGUCUUGAAAGCAAUGGGUCAGGCAAUAAGCAAGACUGUGGCUAUUGCAGAGAUUAUCAAGAGAAGAAUCCCUAGAUUGCAUCAAGACAUCACCAUCAGUUCGAUGAGAAUAACUGAUACAUUUGAACCCAUUGAAGAGGGCCUUGAGACAGUGGAGCAGACUCGUCAUGUCUCAUUGAUUUCCAUCACCUUGUCAACUAAGGAGCUCAACAAGAUUUCUCCUGGGUACCAAGCUCCGUCUUCUGUGGAGCAAACUCAACAACAAUAUGACUAUCAUCCACAGCAACUGAGACCAUCACCUAGACAAGUGCAUCCAGUAUAUAAUGCUGGUAACGGAGAUUCAUAUGGGAGAGGAAGAGCUCGUGGCAGAGGUAGGGGACGGGGUUGGAGCAGAGGUGGAUAUGCAAGUUAUCAAGAAAAUGGUGGAUAUUCAAAUUGGGGUCAAGGUGGCAGGCGUCGUGGAGGUGGUAAUUGGGGUUACCGUGGUGCUGGAUAUGGAAGAGGCAGAGGUGGAGGUGGCAGAGGCUAUGGCCGUGGUCGGGGAAGUGGAAGGAUGGGCAACAACUAUGCAAGGGAUGAUGGCAACCAGACAUAGUUUCAGAAUAGUUCUUGAAUGGUUCCAUUGGCCUCAUGGUUUUACCUUAUCUGAUUUGUGUUUUCUUGUGGCUUAUGUGACCUUGGGUCGUUAAGUAGUUCAUUUGCUCGACUUUUAUCUUGUUGAUAUGGGUCGAGCUUGUUCUAAAUAUUGCUUUUAUUUUAAUGCCAAAGAGGAAGUAUAGCCGGGUUGAGUCUUCCAUAAUUCUUUGAUUUGUGUCGCUAAUAUGUUUUCCCAGUUUCAAAAUACUAGUUUAAGUUUCAGUGCCUAUGUGAAUCUCUCUCUUCAUAUCU